CACGCGCUAUUAAUACUUCAACAAAAUAUAUACACACUUUACGCAAUUUCUUUGUUUACUCCCUAUACUCUCUAGAUCAGUGUUACUCCCAUGGCGGAGGAAACUGGUACAAGAGGGAAUCUCAAUAUCAAACGCAAAAGAAAACACUCCCGUUUUCUAUCUUGUUUUGGCUUUUCAUACCGAGAUGACAAAUAUUUGCCGGAACUAAAAGUCUGUGAUGACCAAAAAAAGACACGUCGCUGGUUUUCUAGUGCGAAACUUCGUCUGAAGAACUCCGUCAAAGAAACUAUCGCAGUUUAUAACCCGCCAAUCUUUAAGAAAAUCGAUGGCAAGAAGCAGACUAAAGAAGUGAGGUAUGAUAACUUCACGGGGAAAUGCCGGAGUCCGGCGAGUCUAGAUCGUAAAACGGUGAAGUUUGCUGCGAUUGAAACUCUAUUAUCAUAUGACCAGACGCUGAGCUUUGAUGGAAAACCAGGAAAGGAAAAGGAUGGAGGAAACACUCACAAAUAUAUCGUCUGGUCAGGCAAACCACAGACGGAUACGUCUAAAAGAUUAGAAGUUAUGAAGGUUGAGGCGAAAGCUGGUUAUCAAGGUGAUUCUGCAGUAAAGAGGUCGAGUCGAGAAAUGGUCACAAUGUCCACACAGUUACGAAAUUCACUAGGUGCUAGUAAGAAAUUUAGCGAAGAAACUACAGGGAAAUUUGGUCCGGCAGUAGGUAUGUCAGUUUUAGUGGUGAUAAUGGCAAUGAUGCUUCUGUGGGGUAAGAUUUCUGCUAUAUUCUACACUGCAGCUUGGUUAUAUUUUCUUCAUUAUUAUAGAAUGAUGGGUGGAAAAAUAAUAAAGGAAAUCGAAGGAAAAGGGUCAAAUUCAGUCAAUAUUAUGAAAACCAUUGACUCAAAAGACUUGAAGAAAACAGCACUAUUGGAAGGACCGACAGAGAAGAAGCAUAUGUGGUUUCUUAAAUGAGAAUGGGUUUUGAGACUGGGGAAGGGUUCCAUUUUCUUGGUGACAUGAUUUGUAACUGUACUUGUUAAUUGUUAUUCUUUUACUUACGUUUGUCUUUUUGAGUUUGUAUAAAUUAUCAAAGUGAAGUAUUUGUUGGGGUUUUUACCUUGGUACUAAAUGAUCUACCAAUCACGAAAUGUAUA